AUGAUGGCCAGCUACCCGGAGCCCGAGGACGCCUCGGGGCCCCUGCUGGCCCCGGAGACUGGCCGCGCAGCAAAGGAGCCGGAGGCGCCGCCGCCGAGCCCAGGCAAGGGUGGCGGCGGCGGCGCCGGGGCGACCCCGGAGAAGCCCGAUCCGGCGCAGAAGCCUCCGUACUCGUACGUGGCGCUCAUAGCCAUGGCGAUCCGCGAGAGCGCAGAGAAGCGGCUCACGCUGUCAGGCAUCUACCAAUACAUCAUCGCCAAGUUCCCGUUCUAUGAAAAGAACAAGAAGGGCUGGCAGAACAGCAUCAGGCACAAUCUCAGCCUCAACGAGUGCUUCAUCAAGGUGCCGCGCGAGGGCGGCGGCGAGCGCAAGGGCAACUACUGGACGCUGGACCCGGCCUGUGAGGACAUGUUCGAGAAGGGCAACUACCGGCGCCGCCGCCGCAUGAAGCGGCCCUUCCGGCCACCGCCCGCACACUUCCAACCCGGCAAGGGGCUCUUUGCGGCUGGAGGCGCCACUGGUGGCUGCGGCGUGGCAGGCGCAGGCGCCGACAGUUACAGCUACCUGGCGCCCCCCAAGUACCUGCAGUCCGGCUUCCUCAACAACUCAUGGCCGCUGCCGCAAACGCCCUCUCCCAUGCCCUACGCCUCCUGCCAGAUGGCGGCGGCAGCAGCUGCAGCUGCAGCUGCAGCUGCGGCCGCGGGUCCGGGCAGCCCCAGCGCGGCCGCGGUGGUCAAGGGGCUGGCAGGCCCGGCCGCUUCGUACGGGCCGUACUCACGCGUGCAGAGCAUGGCGCUGCCCCCGGGUGUAGUGAACUCGUACAACGGCCUGGGAGGACCGCCGCCUGCGCCCCCGCCGCCGCCACACCCCCAUCCGCACCCGCACGCACACCAUCUACACGCGGCCGCAGCACCGCCGCCUGCCCCGCCGCACCAUGGGGCGGCCGUGCCGCCCCCAGGCCAGCUCAGCCCCGCCAGCCCGGCCACAGCCGCACCCCCGGCGCCAGCGCCCACCAGUGCGCCGGGCCUGCAGUUCGCCUGCGCCCGGCAGCCCGAGCUCGCCAUGAUGCAUUGCUCUUACUGGGACCACGACAGCAAGGCCGGCACGCUGCACUCGCGCCUGGAUCUCUGAGAGCCCACCGCACGCCGGCGCCGACGGAUGAGAGGAUACAAAGACGCGCAACGCCGUCUCUGGUUGCAGCCUCCGCCUCCAGCGG